GAUGUUCUAUUUAAUAUGGGCACCAAGAUUCUCCAGGAGUCUAAAAGCCAAAAACAAAAAGCAGAAGCCUACAUGCUUUUUGCCAAAGCAGCUGACAUGGGAAAUUUGAAAGCUAUGGAGAAAAUGGCCGAUGCUUUGCUAUUUGGAAAUUUUGGCAUGCAAAACAUAACAGCAGCGAUCCAAUUAUAUGAGUCCUUGGCUAAAGAAGGAUCAUACAAAGCCCAAAACGCAUUAGGAUUUUUGUCUUCUUAUGGAAUAGGAAUGGAAUAUGAUCAAGCCAAGGCUCUCAUAUAUUAUACUUUUGGAAGUGCUGGAGGAAGCAUGAUGUCCCAGAUGAUUUUGGGGUACAGAUAUUUGUCAGGAAUCAAUGUUCUACAGAAUUGUGAAGUUGCCCUAAAUCAUUACAAGAAAGUGGCAGAUUAUAUUGCUGACAAUUUGGAAAAAAGUGAAGGUAUUCCAGUGGAAAAAGUGAGACUAACUGAGAGACCUGAAAAUCUGAGUUCUAACAGUGAGAUAUUGGAUUGGGACAUAUACCAAUACUAUAAAUUUUUGGCAGAAAGAGGAGAUGUUCAGAUACAAGUAUCUCUUGGACAAUUACAUCUAAUUGGGAGGAAAGGUCUAGAUCAGGAUUACUAUAAAGCAUUAUACUACUUCUUAAAGGCAGCAAAGGCCGGGAGUGCAAAUGCCAUGGCAUUUAUAGGAAAGAUGUACUUAGAGGGGAAUGCUGCUGCACCUCAAAAUAAUGCUACUGCCUUUAAAUACUUUUCCAUGGCAGCCAGUAAGGGCAAUGCAAUUGGUCUUCAUGGACUUGGUCUCCUUUACUUUUAUGGAAAAGGAGUUCCUGUGAAUUAUGCCGAAGCACUUAAAUACUUUCAGAAAGCUGCAGAAAAAGGAUGGCCCAAUGCACAGUUCCAGUUAGGCUUCAUGUACUACUCUGGCUCUGGAGUAUGGAAGGAUUACAAACUUGCCUUCAAAUAUUUUUACUUGGCAUCCCAGAGCGGGCAGCCCCUUGCCAUUUAUUAUCUUGCUGAGAUGUAUGCAACAGGAACAGGAGUAUUAAGAUCCUGCAGAACUGCCGUGGAGCUUUAUAAAGGUGUCUGUGAACUAGGCCACUGGGCUGAGAAAUUCCUGACAGCUUACUUUGCCUAUAAGGAUGGUGAUAUAGAUUCUUCUCUUGUUCAGUAUGCACUGCUUGCAGAAAUGGGGUAUGAAGUAGCUCAAAGCAAUUCAGCAUUCAUUUUGGAAUCUAAAAAGGCUAAAAUUCUUGAAAAAGAGAAGAUGUAUCCAAUGGCACUUCUUCUAUGGAAUCGAGCUGCCAUUCAAGGCAACGCAUUCGCUAGAAUAAAAAUUGGAGAUUACCAUUACUAUGGCUACGGGACGAAGAAAGAUUAUGAAACAGCAGCCACACAUUACAGCAUUGCAGCUGACAAAUAUCAGAGUGCACAAGCCAUGUUCAAUCUGGCCUAUAUGUAUGAACAUGGCUUAGGUAUUGCAAAGGACAUUCACUUGGCCAGGAGAUUAUAUGACAUGGCUGCUCAGACAAGUCCAGAUGCUCACAUACCUGUGUUCUUCGCCCUCAUGAAACUGGAAACUAUGCAUUUGCUCCGAGAUAUCCUGUUUUUUAAUUUUACUUUGAGAUGGAAAUGGAUGAAAUUGGACAACGUGCUUGGACCAUACUGGGAUUUAUUUGUGAUUGGUUUAAUUGUUGUCAUGCUGAUCUUCUUGAUUAAAAACUGGCAUAGGUAGGAUCUGGAUCAUAGGAAAACCUGCUCAUGGUUUCACGCCAAGCUAUCCUCACUAAAUAAAGAAUUUCAUCAUACAAAUCAAGAGCCUGCUGAUUUCCCACACAGACCUGUGAUGGAAAGUGGACAAGGCCUGAGACCCAUCCUAGAGAAACAACUUCAGACUUCCUGUUUAGU